AUGGAUAAAAAUCUGUGUAAAAAGUUCCAGGAUAUAAGGGAAUGGUUUCCCGAUAAAUUGGUUGAUGGAAGCUAUCAAUUUAAAGAUGAUGGACAUUUCAAAGAGUAUUGUACUAGUGGUUGUGAUAGUCCUCUCGAAAAAAUUAGUGCUGGAUGCUUAUAUUUUUUUAAUGCAUUUUUUGGGAGUUAUGAGUUGAUUUCGAAAUAUGCAAGCAAUUAUAUCAAUAUUGUUGAUUACAUUAUGAUAUGGUUAAGUUAUAUGUUAAGCCUACAGGAAAAUGAGCAUAAAAACAGUCAAAAACAUUUUUAUGAUACAUAUAUAAAUGGUGGCAAUCAGUAUAAAAAGUCUAUAAAUAAUGUUGACGGUUGUAUUAAUUAUAAGGAUCUUAUACUUAAAAAACACAAUUUGACGAAUAAGGACAUGGAUAAUAAUAUUAUAUCUAAAUUAUAUGAUGCAUUUAAUAUAUUAUGUGAAAUGUAUACUGGAUUUGAUACAAAUGAGUCAUAUUGCACAAACUGCUCGGAAAAGGCUAAUAAAUUUGUUGAAAAAUAUAAUGAACUUAACAAAGAUCAUAGUAUUACUGAAAACAGUUCAUGCAGUCAAAUAUUGUCUACUUUAUCAACUGAUUAUAAUAAUUUUAAAAAGAAAUAUAGCAAUAUUCCAUCCCUUACAGGGAUAACAACAAACAUUUCUACACAAAUGUCUGAAGUUACAUCAAGUUCGCCGAUAGGAAACAAAUUAUUUACAGUUUUAUCGAUAUUUUGUGCAAUAGCAUUUUUUUUAGGAAUUUCUUAUAAGUAUUCGUUAUUUGGAUUUCGAAAAAAAUGUAAAAAAAUAAAGAAAAUUAAUAUAAGACUCGAAGAGUAA